ACUUGAAAUCAAAGGUUCGUGUACAGUACCUGAUUUCGGUUAAUGAUUAACAACUGUGAAGUACAGCGUGUUUUUGUUGACACCGGGAGUGCACUAGACAUCAUGUAUUUUCACUGUUUCGAGAGUCUGGGAUUAGAUCCAGCACUGUUGCAGAAGUAUGAUGGUCCUAUUUAUGGUUUCAACAACCAACCUGUUCCGGUAGAAGGAGUUCCAACAGUGGAACAGUGCAACAGUGCAACAGUGCAACAGUGCACUGUAUCUAAUCCCAUAGAUAGGACCAUCAUACUUCUGCAACAGUGCUGGAUCUAAUCCCAGACUCUCAAAACAGUGGAAAUACAUGAUGUCUGGUGCACUCCCAGUAUCAACAAGGACACGCUGUACUUCAUAGUUGGUAACCAUCUUCUGGACUUACCCUUACAAUAUGUCUUUCAUGUUGUUUGCUAUUUAAUUACUUGCAAUUUUAAAGCCUGUGAGCGCUAAAUUUUACUGACAACUUUCUUAUUAUAAAAGGAGUCUCUGACGAAAUUGGUAACAGUAGUUGUAGUAGUAAUUGGUAUCAAUCCUGCUGUGCUAACAGUGUAAAGUCUUGUUUUUUUUUUUGUUUCCUAGACGAUAUGACUUUUUCAACUCACCACGUUUUAAUUCAGCAAGAUUCAUAUUUAUUUAUUUAUUUUUUGUAUUUUUUGCGCUUAAUAAUGGCUUUGUCCCACA